AUGAGCUUGACCGGUGCCCUCAAGGAAAAGGUCACUGCCGUCGCGCAGACGAAGAAAAUCGCAGACUUGCAGAAAGAUAUCCUCAAGCAGGAGAACUACCUCAGCAACGACCAUGGCGUGCUGGUCUCAGACACCGACAACUGGCUGAAGGCGUCAGACGGCACUCACACCGGACCGUCGCUGCUCGAGGACCAGAUCGCCCGCGAGAAGAUUCACCGGUUCGACCACGAGCGUAUUCCUGAGCGUGUCGUCCACGCCCGCGGCGCCGGUGCGCACGGGUAUUUCAAGGUGUACAGUGAUGCCGCGAAGAAGUACACCUAUGCUUCCGUCCUCACCGAUCCGUCGCGCACUACACCGACGUUCGUCCGCUUCAGUACUGUGCAGGGCUCCAAAGGCAGUGCUGAUACUGUCCGAGAUGUCCGAGGCUUUGCCACCAAAUUUUACACUGACGAGGGCAACUGGGACAUCGUCGGAAACGACAUCCCUGUGUUCUUCAUCCAGGAUGCCAUCAAGUUCCCCGACAUCAUUCACGCUGUCAAGCCUGAGCCCCAUAACGAGGUUCCCCAAGGCCAGAGUGCGCACAAUAACUUCUGGGACUUCGCCGGGCUCCAGCCCGAGACUGCACAUAUGGUUAUGUGGGUUAUGUCUGACCGCGGUAUCCCUCGCUCGUACCGCAUGAUGCAGGGCUUCGGUGUCAACACCUACACUCUCGUCAAUGCUUCUGGCGAACGCUUCUUCGUGAAGUUCCACUGGCUUCCCGAGCUUGGUGUCCACAGCCUGGUCUGGGACGAGGCCCUGAAGAUCGCCGGCCAGGAUCCUGACUUCCACCGCAAAGAUCUCGAGGAGGCGAUUACCAAUGGAGCGUCCCCCAAGUGGCAGUUUGCCAUCCAGGUCAUCCCUGAAGCUAACGAGCACGACUUCGACUUUGACAUUCUCGAUGCGACCAAGGUCUGGCCCGAAGAGCUCGUUCCCCUCGAGGUCAUUGGCGAGAUGGUCCUCAACCGCAACGCCGACGAGUUCUUCCCCGAGGUUGAGCAGGUUGCCUUCUGCACCUCGCACGUUGUGCCAGGCAUAGGCUUCAGCGACGACCCUCUCCUGCAGGGCCGCAACUUCUCUUACUUCGAUACGCAGAUCAGUCGUCUUGGUAUCAAUUGGGAGGAGCUUCCGAUUAACAGGCCCGUCUGCCCUGUUAUGAACUUUAACAGAGACGGCAAGAUGAGGCACAAGAUCUAUCAAGGCACUCUCAACUAUUGGCCGAACCGCGCUGGUCAGUUCAAACCCGUGCCUUGUGAGGAGGGCGGGUACUACGACUAUAACCAAAAGGUUGCCGGAAUGAAGGCCCGCGUGCGUGGAGCCAAGUUCCAGGAGCACUUUAACCAGGCGCAGCUGUUCUACAACUCGCUCACCGACUACGAGAAGCAGCAUCUCAUCAGCGCCAUCUCGUUUGAGCUGUCGCACUGCGACGAUCCGGUCGUGUACGAGACCUACACCAAGCUGCUCAACAACAUCGACUUCAACCUCGCGAAGCAAGUCGCGAUCAACGUCGGCGGCGUCGUUCCUGAGGAGCCCGCGCGCGCGAAUCAUGGCAAGGCGACGCCGACGCUCUCGCAGCUGUACUACGCGCCCAAGGAGCCCACGAUCAAGUCGCGCCGCAUCGCGAUCCUCGUCGCGGACGGCUUCGACCUCGCGCUCGUCGAGGGCCUCCGCGCGGCGAUCAAGGCGGGCAUGGCCACCUCCUGGAUCAUCGGCCCCCGCCGCGGCUGGGUGUACCCCGACGGCGCGGAGGUCGGCUCCGGCAAGGGUGGCGUGUGGGCGGACCACCACCUUGAGGGGCAGCGCAGCACGCUCUUUGACGCGUUCAUUGUUCCGAGCGGUCGCAAGAGUGCUGAGGCGCUCGCGGGGAACGGACGUGCUAUCCAUUGGAUUCGGGAGGCCUUUGGCCACUGCAAGGCCAUUGGAGCCAUUGGUGAGGGCGUCCUGUUCUUGCGCGAGGCGGUUAUGCUCCCUGGAGUCGAGUACAACACCGACUUGAACAGUGACGAUGUUGUCUCCUCGUUGGGCGUCGUCACCGUCGGCAAGGUCAGCACCUCGACGAUCGCAGCCGACACGCUCAAGAUCGCACAAGACAAGAAGGGCUUCGUCUCCAGCUUUGCGCACGAAGUCAGCAAGCACCGGUGCUACGAGCGGGAGCUCAUGGGAUUGACCACCAAGGUCGCUUAUUAA